GAAAAAAAUGUUUUUUUUCAUCUUUUAACGCGUUGUAACAUAUCAAGGUGGUAGUUGUAACGUGUUGUAACGUAUUGUAACUUGUAACGCAUUGUCAGUGAAGAAAAUGUUUUUUUUUAUCUUUUAACGCGUUGUAACAUAUCAAGGUGGUAGUUGUAACGUGUUGUAACGUGUUGUAACUUGUUGUAACGCAUUGUCAGUGAAGAAAAUGUUUUUUUUUAUCUUUUAACGCGUUGUAACAUAUCAAGGUGGUAGUUGUAACGUGAUGUAACGUAUUGUAACUUGUUGUAACGCAUUGUCAGUGAAGAAAAUGUUUUUUUUUAUCUUUUAACGCGUUGUAACAUAUCAAGGUGGUAGUUGUAACGUGUUGUAACGUAUUGUAACUUGUUGUAACGCAUUGUCAGUGAAGAAAAUGUUUUUUUUAUCUUUUAACGCGUUGUAACAUAUCAAGGUGGUAGUUGUAACGUGUUGUAACGUAUUGUAACUUGUUAUAACGCAUUGUCAGUGAAGAAAAUGUGUUUUUUUUCUUUUAACGCGUUGUAACAUAUCAAGGUGGUAGUUGUAACGUGAUGUAACGUAUUGUAUCUUGUUGUAACGCAUUGUCAGUGAAGAAAAUGUUUUUUUUUAUCUUUUAACGCGUUGUAACAUAUCAAGGUGGUAGUUGUAACGUGUUGUAACGUAUUGUAACUUGUUGUAACGCAUUGUCAGUGAAGAAAAUGUGUUUUUUUUCUUUUAACGCGUUGUAACAUAUCAAGGUGGUAGUUGUAACGUGAUGUAACGUAUUGUAACUUGUUGUAACGCAUUUUCAGUGAAAAUGUUGGCUCUUUUUCUUUUAACGUGUUGUAACGUAUUGUAACUUGUUGUAACGUAGUUCUAAAAAAGGUGCACUGAACUACAUUUGUAGGUGUCGAAAAUAGCUUCCCAGAUAGAAAUGUGCGGUUGCGUUUUUAUCAAAAAUGGUACCAAAUUUUGCUCGCCGGUCAGUAUCCCAUGAAAGAAAAGAAAUUGUUGCUGGUAGGUCCUCCUGAUAGUGGAAAGACUAGUUGGUUUGCUCCAUUUCAAGGUAAUUAAAUAAAGUUCGUGAAAACUUCUGACUUUUAGACGGCACUUACUGACAUACAUUUGUCCUUUUAGGCAUUAUUCCAGAAAUGUACAUUGCUGGCGUGGUUCGGGAUGGUCGAUUCUCAGGCCACCUGAUAAAUAGAAAUACACAAGUCGUAUUUAUGGAUGAAUGGACUAGCGACAGUCUAUGUUGUGAAGAUGCAAAAAGAAUAUUGCAAGGCGGCUUGGUUAUGAUCCCGCAAAAACACAAAGAACCGGCCCGUUUUCAAUACAAUUCGGGUUUUUUUAUAACAACUAAUAUAAUGCCGGACUUCGGAAAUGGUGUAGAUGGUGAGGCUAUCCUGCGUCGUCUUGAAGUUUUCGAAACUAAGACACUUCGAGUGAAGGACAAUAGCAUAACAAGUAAGUAUCUCAUGAGAAUAAAUGAUAACAAUGGUGUAAAUCAAUAUGCAUAA